AGGCCAGGGCGGCCGGGCCCCUCCCACUCCGCUUUUUCUCGCGUGUCCUGGCCCCGGGACUGGCAGUGGGCGCCCGGUUACCAGCAAGUGCGCCCAGGGACGGAUCGGAGGCUGAAAGCAGCAAGCCAAGGGUGCAGCAGCGACCUCCAGGACCGACCCGCCCGCGCCAUGCGCUCGCUCACUGGCCUGAGGGCGCUUGUGGCGCCCGGAUGCCCGCUCCUGCUUCUGUGCCUUCUGGCCGCGACCAGUCGGAAUCGGGCAGAAGGCGACCCUGCAGAUUCGUCUUUUACAAGUCUUCCUGUUCGAGACGAAAUGAUGGCAAAGUACUCAAACCUUUCCUUGGAGAGCCACAAUAUAUCACUGACUGGAGAGUCCAGUGCACCAGUAGUAAAAAACAUUACUUUGGAAAGGCCUUCUGACCUGGAGCUCAUGUGCCAGUUCACGGCAUCUGGGGACUUGAACUCCGUGAAUGUGACUUGGAAAAAAGACAAUAAGUUUCUUGAGAAUAUCGAUGCUUUCAACACAACUAAGAUGGGAAACACCUUGUCCAGUAAGUACAGGUUCAUCAUUUUUGAUAGCAAACAAAUGGGAAAUUAUUCUUGUUUCUUUGAUGGAGAAAAGGAGCUCAGAGGAACAUUUAAUGUCAAAGUGCCCAACGUUCAUGGAAAAAACAAGCCGUUGAUCACUUACGUGGGGGAUUCUACCGUCCUGAAGUGCGAAUGUAAAGAUGGUCUUCCUUUAAACUGGACUUGGUACACGAGUAAUGGAAGUGUACAGGUUCCUAUUGAUGUUCACAAGAAUGAUAAGUAUGUUAUAAACAGCUCCUAUGCUAAUGAAACACGACUCAGGGUAAAGCAUCUCUUGGAGGAAGAUGGAGGCUCCUACUGGUGCCGGGCAGUCUUCCCGCUGGGUGAGAGUGAGGAACACGUCGAGCUGGUUGUGCUGAGCUUCAUGGUACCCCUGAAGCCAUUUCUCGCGAUAAUUGCGGAAGUUGUUCUCUUAGUGGCUAUCAUUCUGCUUUGUGAAGUGUACACCCAGAAGAAAAAGAGCGACACAGAUAAUGGGAAAGAAUUUGAACAAAUUGAACAGCUGAAAUCUGAUGAUAGCAACGGUAUAGAGAACAAUGCCCCCAGGCUCAGAAAAACUGAGUCGACGGAAUAAAAAAGUGAAUAAAAAAGAACGUUUCACAUUGAGAAGACAUGCAACCAGUUUGUAUUUCAGCUUCCUUUCAAGAACAUGUAAACUUUAGUUUAAAAAAAAAAAAGACAAAAAGACUUCCUCAACACGCACAACAGUAGCUUUAUAAACAAUAUAGGUUUAUCUCUUACCUAAAAGAUGUAUUUUAAUUUUGUAAUUGCUUUUCAUUAAAGCAAGUUUCAAAUGUG